AGUCCCUUUCUUUCUUUAUUUUCAUUUUCCUAGUAACAGUUUUUCUCUGCUGUUCUUUACUUCAUCACCAUCAGCAUCUCUCUCUUUCUCUCCAGUUCUCCAAGAAGCUCGUUUGCAUGUGACUCCAUUUUUUCUGAACCUGCACUGAAUCGUAUACUUUCUAUUUUUUCUCUGAGUUCCAACCCAGAAACCUGUAUCCAUAUACCCAGAUAAUAACUUCUGGGCUUGCUUCAUCUUUUUGCCAAAAAAAUUGCUGUAAAAAUUUUUGGGUUCUAUAAUAUUCAUCGUUCUUUAGAAAAAACAACAACAACAAUAGAGAAAGAAAAAGAAAAGAAAAUCUGGGUUUCUCUGUUUUCUCCGCUUUGUAAAAAAUAAAAUAAAAUAAAAAAUUUACCCCUCGAUUUCUUCGUUCCUAUAUGUUGUAGUUUUAUGCUAGUUUAUACCAUUUCUGUUCACUUUGAAGCUUCGUAAUCAAUCGAAGUUCUCAAAGGUUUCAACUUUCUUCAAUCCCUUUCUUGGGGGUGUUCUACUAUGGCUUCGGUUACAAAACCAAUUCAGUCUCCAAUUCGUGCUACUUCUCGACUUUCUUCGCUGUAUUUCUCACCCAUUAGUAUUUCACCUUCUGUUGUUUCGCUCAAGGCUCGAUCACUUGCUUCCAGCGCCUCAACCUUGUCCUUUUCGCCCUUGUCGGAGAAUUUGAAACAAACAAAGCCAGUGGGAGUUUCCGGCGACGCCUUUCGAUUUUCCGGUUGGAACCAACACCUGAGACGGCGAGGUCGUGAUGAAUUUCCGGUUGUGGCUGCUGCAGCUGCUGAUGCCGAGGGUCGUGAGAUCGAAAUUGAUGGGUACACAAAGCCUUCAAAGAGCUUUGCUGAGAGAUUUCCUUUUCUCAUCACUGGCUUCUUUUUCUUUAUGUGGUACUUCUUGAAUGUGAUCUUCAAUAUACUCAACAAGAAAGUCUACAAUUACUUCCCAUAUCCAUAUUUUGUUUCUGUUAUACAUCUCCUAGUUGGAGUGGCCUACUGUCUUGUUAGUUGGGCUGUUGGUCUUCCUAAGCGUGCACCAAUUAAUAAGGAGCUCUUGACACUGUUGACUCCAGUUGCAUUCUGUCAUGCCCUUGGACAUGUCAUGUCUAACGUAUCUUUUGCAGCUGUUGCUGUGUCUUUCACGCAUACCAUUAAAGCGCUAGAGCCAUUCUUCAAUGCUGCUGCUUCUCAGUUUAUUUUGGGCCAACAGAUUCCCUUGACUCUAUGGUUAUCAUUGGCCCCUGUUGUGAUUGGUGUAUCAAUGGCAUCGCUAACUGAACUUUCAUUCAACUGGACUGGUUUCAUCAGUGCAAUGAUUUCUAACAUCUCAUUUACCUACAGAAGUAUCUACUCGAAGAAAGCAAUGACAGGAAUGGACAGUACAAAUGUGUAUGCUUAUAUUUCAAUUAUUGCCCUCUUGAUUUGCAUCCCACCAGCAGUAAUAAUUGAGGGACCGCAGUUGAUGCAAUAUGGUUUCAAGGAUGCCAUUGCCAAAGUGGGCCUUUACAAAUUUGUGUCUGAUUUGUUCUGGAUUGGAAUGUUUUAUCAUCUUUACAAUCAGGUUGCGACUAACACCUUGGAGCGGGUGGCACCACUUACACAUGCAGUUGGGAAUGUGUUGAAGCGAGUUUUUGUGAUUGGAUUCUCUAUUGUUGUGUUCGGCAAUAAGAUCUCUACACAAACCGGGAUUGGUACUGCAAUAGCAAUUGCUGGUGUUGCCGUUUAUUCCCUGAUAAAGGCCAACAUUGAAGAGCAGAAACGGAAGGCAGCUGCAACAAAAACAUCAUAAAGGUCGUAUAUAACACUAGACGAAGUAUGUAAAACCAGAAUUACUAAGGAUGAUGGUAAGGUAAAUCCGCUUUUAGGAUUUUGUUGUUAUAGAUCUUCACAAUGAGAUUCUUACACAGCUGAUAACACUUAUGCCAUGCUUUAUUUUAAUGGUGCGACGCAUAAUAAAUAUUGCUGUGGGAUGAUUCCAUGAAAAUAAAGAUUACGAGAAUUGAGAAAUAUAAGAGAGAAUAAUGACUAUAUCAUAAAAAAAUUGGUGGAUCACCAAUUUCGACCAAGUCCUUUUGUAUUUCAAUUUUUCUUCUUCCAAAGUGUUGUACCAAUUUGAUUCUUAGUGGAUGUCAUUUCAAUUUUUCUCCUUCCAAAGUGUUGUACCAAUUUGAUUCUUAGUGGAUGUCUCCUAAUAAUUGUAUGUUAUAGAGAAGCACUUCUUCUCGGCCUACCUGCAUUAAACAAAUAGAUGAUACUCUCUUAAUAUAAUAUUUUAUGCCAGAAUUCGUAAGUUGUUA